AUGACGUUCACUUCGGAAAAGACGCAUUCUUACUUCACCUCAGUUAAAGCUGGUUUCUGGAGUUUAAAACACUAUGUCGACUGGAUUAUAAAGAAUGAAAGUGAAUUACCGUUAUGGGAAACGUGUUUGGCUGACUUUUACGGCUCGUUGGAUUUUAUAGUUUACCAUAGAUCGUUAUCGCGACUCGAUCGUGUUGUUGCUGAAAAAAUCCUUAAAGCUAAAGAGCUUCCCGAAACCAAGGAACUUAUGGAAGACCUUCGAAUACCAUACGAACAGGUAUACAACGGAAAAUAUGGAAAAUCUAUUUAUAAGACUGUAGUGCAUGUGCAAAAGGAAGAGAGUAUAUUUGCUUCAGCGAGCAAAAAAACGCGAACGAAAAAGGAGAAGGAUAUUACGUCUCGUGCAACAAUUACUACUGAAUCCUCAAAUGUCAAAGAAAAGGGAGAACCUUCAUUCCGUAGAUCGCCUCGACCGAUGAAACGUGUUGAUUAUUCUGAAAUGGGUGACUCGGACGAAGGAAAGAAAUCUGAAAAAAUAAGGAGACUGAAUAGUACCGCUCAUUCGCAAUCGACGGAAUCUCCACAACCUGUACCCAAAACCCCACCACAAGCUCCACGCGAUUUAACUCCGUUGGAAAUAACACAUAAUAAGAGACCGUUAAAUAAAGAGGAAAUUCAACAAUACUCUGAAGACAUAUCCGUGAUAUGCGCGUUUGAUAAGUCGGUUGCUGAGUUGACUUUAGAAAUCGGCGCGGAGCUUACAAACAAACUUUCUUCUGUACGCGACACUAACCCUGAAAUAUGGACGCCCGAAUUAGAAAAAUACAUUGACAAUGUCCUAAAAAAAUCCGGAAAACAAUUUAAAAAUGCUACAUUAGUUGAUGUUCCGGACGACCUUUUCCGAUUGUACUGUGAGAAAGUCCUCCUUGAUUUCUACAAUCUAGUUGAUAUUAACCCCACGAUGGACAAAAAGAUAGGCGAACGUAAAUACAUAACUUACCAAAUCUCGUCAAUUUAUAAAUUUUAUGAGAAAACAUUCUUUAACCUCGAUUUUGACUGGAUCGAGUCUCACGCCCGCUCUGCAAGAAUUACGAAAUCCGAGACAAAUUCAGGAAUUGUCAAGGUAGAUUCCAUAGCGACCAGACAUUACGAUGGAUUAAGUAUAUGGCACAUGGAGGUAGCGGGCGGACCAUGUAACGCAACAGACACACACGCCUUGGGCGAUACAAAAAAAACACUCCGCAUGGAUGUGUUAAAUUUGAUUGCAAUAUUGAGAAACCAUUUUGAUUGCAGUGUGGAAUUCGCUACAAAAAUAAAAGUUUUUUGUACCCAGGUUAUUGGCACUCGGAUGACUCUGUAUGCACUUAGUAUGCUCCCAGAUGGAAGGUUUAUCUCUUCGGAACUUGCUACCGCAACAGUCCCUUUUAGCUUCUAUGGCCGGAAUCAGUUCAAAGCUAUUUUCAGGAUGAUGGCCAUUUUUCAUAAUGAAAUAACGAAACAAGAAGAACUUAUGGGCGAGAUUGAUAGAGUUGUACUUCGAUCCAAAGGAACAACAGUUCGGCACGUAUUGAAAAUCCCUGAGGAAUUAUUCGA